AUGUUUGGUGCUCUGAAUCGCUUCAUUGCCCGUCUUGACGGCGAGCCAGGUCCGCGGCAGACCGAGUCAGGCCCUUCAGACAACUCGUAUGGCUUCCAAGUUCUGAGGAACACGAACAAGGACCUGCCUCUCGAACCAUGGUUUGACUUCAUUGUCGGAAUCAAUGGGCACUACAUAGACUCUCCAGACCCGAAUCUCUUCUCGACGGAGCUGCGCAACUGCGCCGGUGCAUACUGUUCUUUAGAUCUAUGGAGCGCGAAAGGUCAACGAACGCAUACACUUACCGUCGCUGUGCCUGCCGCCCCCGCCAUGUUGGGCUUGACACUGCAGCUUGCACCUCUAAACUCGACACAGAACAUCUGGCACGUCCUCAACAUACCGUCGCCCUUGUCUCCGGCACACCAGGCCGGCCUCCUCCCACACAGCGAUUACAUCUUAGGAUCACCAAGCGGUGCACUCAAGGGGGAAGGAGCACUAGGCGAAUUGGUGGAAGACCACCUGAACAGAAGCUUGGUUCUUUGGGUAUACAACUCGGAAUUCGACGUGGUCCGGGAGGUGGAACUGGUUCCGCGACGAGGCUGGGGCGGCGAAGGCGCCUUGGGAGCCGUCCUUGGCUUCGGGGCGCUCCAUCGACUACCUGUUGGGCUCGGAGAAGAGGUUCAGGCUCCGGGAGAGAAACUGUUCGAUGCAGACGGCAAAAGCAUGGAGAACGAACAGCACGAACAGUUGGCCAACAGCUUCCAGCCUGCUCCUGUCCAGAGUCUGUCACCGCCUCCAAUGGUGAACCCGAACGUCCCACCACCGCCGAUGGUCAACCCUAACUCUCCCGCCCCAACCGGUGCCGCAGCCUCUAGGACGCGAAAAGGCAGGCGGCACGGUGGCAUCUCCCCCAACUCUGGCUUCGAAGACGUGUUCGCCGAGGGGGAGAAGAAGAGUGCAGAGCAAGACCACGUGCCGUCGCGUAAAGGCACACCUUUGGCACCACCACCCCCUCCGAAAAUAGGGUCCGCUGCUGUUAGCCCCCAGUCAGUGACCAUUGCAACGCAGGAUCCUUUUGAGCAACACGGCGACCUCGGCGAGCCAGGUGAGGCUGAGGAGACCUGA